CCCAAAAAAAAGAAAAAAAAAAAAGGAAAUUCCAGAAAGCGAAAAGGAUAGCAAAGCCGACGACGUGGAGCUGCCGUUGACGUCACACCUCGCCGGAGCCGACCUCUACUGCCGAAAUUGUCAUCGGAAUUACAAAUAAUUACAAAAUAUAGAAGACAAGAAUAAAAGAUGAACUAUCUUCUGACAACAUUAACAAAGAAGCAAGAAGUGGAUUCCAUGAUCAGAGACACUAUUGAUAAAGUCCUUGUCCUUUGCUUUGGUCGAGCCUCUGACUCCAUUUUUCUCCAACUUGAUGAAAUUCUGUAUAAAUCAGUGAGGGAGGUAUCUAAGUUUGCAACUGUGGCUCUGGUGGAUAUCGAUUCAGAUGAUGUGCAAGUUUAUGUCAAGUAUUUUGACAUAACUUUGAUUCCAUCUACGGUGUUUUUCUUCAAUGCUCACCACAUGAAGAUGGAUUGCGGGAGUGCAGAUCACACCAAGUGGGUUGGUACCUUCCUCAGAAAACAAGAUUUUCUUGAUGUUGUCGAGGCUAUAUACAGGGGGGCAAUGAAAGGCAAACUUAUUGUCACAUGUCCGUUGCCUCCAGAUCGUAUACCAAAGUUUCAGUUACUUUAUAAGGAUGUCUAGAAGGUUGAUUUGGCAUUGGUGGAUGUUGGCUACUCAGAAUUAGUGCAACACAUGGCCUUAACAAAUUUGACUGAAGAUUAAGCUUCAGAUUUCAUUAGUUCCACGAAUGGACACUGGUUUUCAGCCCAUGCUGAAAGUUCGAGCUAGGUAGCUAGACAGCACAAUAUUGGCAUGCCGUUGACAAAGAUGACUGAAGGUCUCUAAGCUGAACAAGGUGAACCAACCUGGCAUAAGCAAGGGAUCCUUGAGGAAUCUAUGACAAUGCCAGGAAGAGUAAUUGUCUUCUAGUGAAACUUUAGGAAUAUUUAUGUGAGUUAGUUAGAUAUGAGUUUAAUUUGAAAUUCAAUUUUUGCAUAUAUGUUAUGGAUCCAACGGUGGUAAUGUAUACACUGUCAGUGUUUAUAAGAUUAGUCGUAUAAUUAAUGCAACAACAGUUUCUGAAGUUA